AUCUGUUAUGUAGUACUUUGUUGAUCUUUUGGUAUAUUCCAAACUCGUUAAAUCUGUGACUAUAUCUUAGAAUGAAAAUAAUUAAGCAAUAACAAGAAGAUAUCACUUUAUUAGCGAUGAGCUAAAUUCCUAACAGUGCCUUAAAAGCUAUAGUGCAAUAUUAUAAUUAACUCAUGAGGCGUAAUAGUAUCAGACUUCAUUUGUUUUCGUUAUGACGAAGCGCCGAAGAAUAGUUCAAGCUGACAAAAUAAUACAAAAUGUUAUAUAUGUAUUCUGUUUAUUGAUGUUUUUACAGUUAAAAGGUUAUUACUCAAGCGUAAGUAAUCCUGUGUUAUUAUAUUCGACGGCUUCCGAUAUUCGAGUGGCGAAUACUUCGAAAUUGGGUAAAAUAAAUGCAAUAAUAAAGGGUUUGGAACAAGGCUCUGCUGUUGAUUUCUUGUACAGAAAAAACUUAGUGUGCUGGUCGGAUCAGACCGCAGAAUUGAUACAGUGCAUGGAGUACAACAAUACGCAUUCUGGUGAAAAAGUACGCAUCGUGUCAAAAGGAUUAAUUACUCCAACAGGAAUAGCAAUAGAUUGGUAUACUGAAAAAAUAUACUGGACAGAUGGAGAAACUAAUAGAAUAGAAGUCAUAAGUAUAGAGCAAAAGCAUAGAAAAGUUUUAUUCUGGACCGAUGUCGACCUAGCCAGAGCUAUUGCAGUGGUACCUAAAGAAGGAUUGAUGUUUUGGACAGAUUGGGGUGAAAUACCAAAAAUUGAGAGAGCUGGUAUGAACGGUGACCCGGCAACUCGCAAAGUUAUUGUUAAAGACAAUAUCUUUUGGCCAAAUGGAAUAACAGUUGAUUAUAAUAACAAUUUGAUAUACUGGGUCGAUUCAAAGUUGCAAUUUUUCGAUGUUAUUGAUUUUAAUGGCAACAACAGAAGACGAGUUGUCAAGGAAGGAUUAAAAUAUCCAUAUGCAUUGGCUUUCUUCAAUGACAGAUUAUUUUGGACUGAUUGGAAAACAUUGGUAAUUUACUCAUGGGAUAUUAACUCAAAUGGUGUUAUAAAAGAACUAAUCAAAUCAGAUUCAGUACCUGUUGACAUUAAAGUAUACGACCCAAACAGGCAAGUGCUACCCAACGGAGAUUAUCCAUGUAAAACCAGUGAGAACUGUUCACAUUUAUGUCUUUUAGCACCCAAUCCUCCUGGAUAUACAUGUGCCUGUCCAACUGGUGUCAAGUUGAAAGAAGGUAGUAAUACAACAUGUUAUAAUGGACCCCAAUCGUUUUUACUGGUGGCUCAAAGAUCUUUUAUAUCAAAGAUAUCACUCGACUCACCGGACUAUACACCUUAUACAUUACCAUUGAAGGAUUUGAAAAGGGCUCUCACAAUAGACUUUGAUCCAAAAACAGAAUAUAUAUACUGGGCAGACAGCUUGGCGAAGACGAUUUCGCGCGCGCGGUUGGACGGCAGCGACCAGAGCGUGGUGCUGCACCGCGGCGUGCCCGAGAGCCUCGCCAUCGACCCGCUGGCGCGCAACCUCUACUGGACCGACCCCGUGGGCGACACCAUCAGCGUGGCGCGGCUGGACGGCGGCGCCUCCAAGGUUAUCAUUCACGAUGAGCUAUACGAUCCUCGCGCGAUCGCCCUGCACCCGACCGCCGGGUGGAUGUUCUGGUCAGACUGGAAUGAAAAGAAGCCAAAGAUAGAACGGGCCAAUUUGGAUGGAACCGACAGAACUUUACUGAUAUCUGAGAAGCUCACGUGGCCGAAUGGAAUUGCCUUAGACACUGUGAACAAUAAACUUUAUUGGGGUGACGCUAGGUUACACAAAAUUGAGGUAUGCAAUAUGGACGGGUCGAAUAGGCGAGAACUACACAACACUGAUAUUUUACACAUUUUCGGCUUGACUCUACUCGGCCAACGUCUUUAUUGGACAGACAUGCAAAGACGCACCUUAGACAUGAUCAACAAAGACACAGGCGCGGAGCGGCAGGCCGUGGUGGAGCAGAUGGCCAACAUGAUGGGCGUGAAGGCGGUGCGGCGCGGCGCGGCGCUGGGCCACACGGCGUGCGCGGACGACAACGGCGGCUGCUCGCACCUCUGCCUCAACCGGCCGCGCGACUACGUGUGCAGCUGUCCGCUGGCUUUAGAACUUGGCAGUGAUCAUAAAACUUGUAUCGAACCAGAAGCAUUUCUCAUAUAUAGUAGAAAAAAUGUUAUCGGUCGAAUUAGUAUAGAGAAUGAGAACAACGAUGCUGUUUUACCAAUAAGAGAAUUGAAAGAAGUAAGUGCCUUAGCAAUUCAUGUAUCAGGUUCGAAGAUAUAUUGGUCAGAUAGCAAAACAAAAACGAUUAACCGAUGCUCCCUCAAUGGUUCGAACAUAGAAAAAAUACUUGAGUGGAUGGGCUUAGUUGAAGGCCUAGCUAUAGACUGGUCAGGUCAGAACAUUUAUUGGACCGAUACGACAACCCAGCGUAUUGAAGUGGCGAGAUUAGACGGAUCUAGCAGACGAACACUCAUCUGGCAAGGUUUAAAGAAACCUAAGAGCAUAGCCCUCGAUCCUCGUAAAGGCUUCAUGUACUGGUCGGAGCUAGGGUCGAAGACCAUUAAGCGAGCCGCUAUGGACGGGUCCUCCCCCAUUGUCCUACUGGAGCAAGUAGGGCGUGCCCAUGCCCUAGCUCUGGACUACGAACGCCGCGCCCUCUACUGGGCGGCGCUGGACCCUCCCGCCCUAGAGUACGCCUUCCUCAACGGGACCGGCAGGAAACUUCUAGCAGAUAACAUCCCUAUGCCCUAUGCGUUGGCGCUUUAUGGAGAUCGAGUGUUCUGGGGGGAUUGGAAUACAGGUAUUGUGGAAGUCGCCAUAAAAACAAAUGGCACAAUGAGAAAAAAGAUUCACUCACAUUUGGACUACAUAUCGGACUUGAAAGUGUAUCACCGAGGUCGGGACACUCUUUCCAAUCAGUGCGGAGUAGAUAAUGGUGGGUGUUCUCACUUGUGCCUGCCGCUGCCAAACAACGAUUAUAGAUGUGCCUGCCCCACACACUACAGGUUGAAUGCGGACAACCUUACAUGUUCAGAACCUGAAGAGUUCCUACUUUUUGCACAAAAAAACGCAGUCGGAAGAAUUGUAAACACGAAUGGAGAGUGCAGUGAUGCGUACAUACCGUUGGUAGGGCUUAGGAGCGUGCGAGCUGUGGAGUUUGACCCCAUUAAUAGACAUCUGUACUGGAUGGACGACGAGUCGCACUCAAUCAGACGGGUACUCAUCUCCUACUCGACGACAUCUGCGAUCACAGACUCCACAACUGUCGUCACAGGUCUAUCUAGACCGUUCCACAUGGUCCUAGAUGUCCUAGGAAGGGCUUUGUACUGGACAUGCCUAGACACAGAUUCGAUUAACGCUACAUCUAUUGAUAAUAAUUCCUCAGUCGGUGUCAUAGUGAGAGGAGAGAAAAUGAUGCCUCGGCACUUAGCCUUCCAUCAGACCAAAAGGGUGCUGGUGUGGGUGGACGCGGGCGCGGGCGCGGUGGUGCGCGCCGGCGUGGACGGCACGGGGCGGCGCGAGCUGGCGCGCGCCGGGAACGUGACGGCGCUGGCCGUGGACCAGGCCUCCGCCACCGUGUACUGGGCCGUGGCGCGCCAGAUACACGCCGUCGACCUCGACGAACCCGACAGCAAGCGCGUGGUGUGGCAGGGCGGGUCGGUGGGCGCGCUGGCGGCGUGGGGCGGCGCGCUGUACCUGCUGGGCGCCGAGCGCGCGCCCAUGCGCCUGCCGCUGCACCGCCGCGACGCGCCCGCCGCGCCGCUGCCGCACCUCGCGCGCCUCGUGGCCGCCGCGCCCGUGCACCGGGUCCCGCGCGAGCACCCGUGCUUCGGCGGACACGCGUGUGGCGGUGCGCCGGGCGCUUGCGCGGCGGAUGGCGCGUGCGGUUGCGGACUGGCGUGCGCCGCGCGCCGCGCCUGCGCGCCCGACCACUUCACCUGCGACGCGCCGCCCGCGCCCGACGCGCACUGCAUCCCGCUCGAGUGGAAGUGCGACGGGCAGCGCGACUGCGGCGACGGGUCGGACGAGGCGCGCUGCGACGCGUGCGCCGGGCUGCGCUGCGCGGACGGCUCGUGCGCCGCCGCGCUCGGCGCCUGCAGCACCGGCGCCUACUGCGCGCACAAGCCGCUGCCGGACGCCUUCCGGUGCGACGAGCGGCUGUGCCUGGCGCCGCGCCUGCUGUGCGACGGGCGCGCGCACUGCGAGGACGGCGCGGACGAGGCGCCCGCCGCCUGCGGGUACGUGCACAAGGACCAGGUAGUGGCGGGCGGGUCGCGGCAGUCGCACGCGCUGGUGGCGUGCGGCGGCGUGGCGGCGGCGGGCGCGGCGCUGGCGGGCGCGUGGGCGGCGCUGCGACGCGUGCGGCGCGCCCGCCGCCCGCCGGCGCCGCGCGCGCUCGCGCUCGUCAAGCACGUGCCGCCGCGCGCGCGCUCCGACCGCACCUCCGCCGAACUGAGCGGCACCCUGUCGGGCUCGGGCUCGGCGUCGGACAGCCUGUGCGGGCGCUACCCGCGGCCCACCGCCGGCCCGCCGCCCAGCCCCGCCACCACGGGCCGCCGCCGCGCGCCGCGCGCCUACCGCGCCGCCACGCGCCCGCCGCCGCCCACGCCCGCCUCCACCGACGCCAACGAGUCGGAGCCCGAGCCCAGCGCGCGCGCGCCGCCGCCCUCGCCCGCGCCGCUGCUCUUGAGCCCCGAGCCCACCCGGAGUGACUACUACUACUCUGCUGAGCUGCGACCGGCCCGAAGUGAGCUCUACUUUCCUACGAGAGAUAAGGUAGCCGACGAUCUUCCGUUGGUAUUUCCGUCCCGCUCGACCGACCCGUAGUGAGCUCUCAAUUAUUACGAGAUAUCAGCUACCUAACUAUCUCCUUCUCCGAUUGGUAUGUCCCUUUUAUUGCAAAUAAUAUCGUAGUGCUCUUUUUAAAAGAAAGAAAAAAUAAAACAAAAAUGAAUUCAA